AUGCAGCUGGAGAAAGACUCCCGACAGCAGCGGGCACGCCCAAGUAUAACGCUGGCGGAGAUGACGGAGAAGGCGGAGGGGAGGAGAAGAACUGGGGAAGAGCUCGAUCAGCGGGCCAUUCUAGAAGAAACUCCUCCUUGCCGAUACUCCGUACUGAUCUGGCAUUCGGGCGUGGAGACCGCAUGGAAGUCCGUCUUCAUUGUGGAGAGAGGGUGGGCGCUACAAGGGAGACAGCGGACGGCUGGGUCUGGAGCAGCAGCAGCAGCAGCAGCCUGGUGUCACUUUUUGUCCAUCUCCACGGCCAUUCCCGCAGUCGUGGACGCCCGUACCGAAGAGCUUGCCAUCCGAGUGGCCAUCCGGAGGUCCAACUGCGUCUCCUUGACGUCCGCUCUUCUCCCACCCGGCCCCAGUCUUAAUUGA